AUGCUCAGCUUGCUCAGGAACUGCGCUCUCUUGACUUGGUUGUCACUUCAUGAGCUCACGGCAGGCUCGCCGAUCCAGUCGGACAACGAGCUUUACGACCUCGCAUUUUUCUAUUCUGCACGUGUUGCAAGCCUUGUCGUCCAUACACGCUCAUGUGCAUGCCUACAGGCGACAUGCGCCUCACCGCUCGAUCCCAACAUAGGUCUCAACUUUACCGUGCCUAGCUCGGAUCCGGGCAAAGUGGACAUCGUGCUAGCCUACAGAUGGGCGGGUAGCGCAGAAGCCUAUGAUAAUAGUGCAUACAGGCUCGACAGCGUCGAGCACAACGUUGUUUGGUUCGAGGACGAUGUCACCAUGAUCAGCCACGUACGUCUGCAAGAUGCACGCAGUCUGUCACUCUUUUCGAUGCUCCUCUCGGCUGUGCAACACAGCAUGCGAGAGAUAUUCGAAGGUUUCUGGCUCCACUGCGGCGAACAUGUGGAGGCUUACCCCGGCGCCUGCAUUAAUCUGGGCGUACCCGUCACGGAUGAGCAGUGCACUCUUGAUCUCAACCUCGUCAAGAUGUCGCUCUUUGGCAGCAAGAAGAAGCUGGCCCAUACGCCCAAGCUGGGCGCCAUCCUGCAGACUGGCUCUCUCAAGCCGCUCGGCGAGCUCAUCAAUUCUGAAAAGAUCGUCAUGGCUUCCACGGAUCGACUGGCACUCGACAUGAAAAGAAGUUCCGAGGCCAUCAGGGAAUGGGCUGCCACCCAGGGCGACGACCUCAACGAUGUGCUGAGCAAAGUUUCGGUGCUCUACGACAUACUGGCGUCGUCACACUCUCGUUUCUCAGAGCACGACUCGACUUACCGGAUCCACUACAAGUCCCUCCGCAAGCGGGAAGAGGAUUUCAUCGCCUUGAGAAAGAACAGAGACUCUCUCGCUGGCAAGAUCUCCUCGGCAGAGAACAAGCUGGGCAGGAUGUCGAGCGAGAACAAGGAUCUGCCUGCUGCUACUCAGCGCCUGCAAGAGCUCAAGCAAGAAAUGGUCGGACUCGAACAUGCUGUCAACAAUGAAGACGCCCGGCUGUAUGAUUACCGUCGAGACACGACUCGCGAAGCCAUGAGCCUCAAACUCGGCGCCAUGCUCGAACUGGCCGAGAAGAUGACCGUGAUUGCCGAGAUGUCAAAGCUGCUCAUUGCAGAGAUACCGAGGGACCGCAGUCUCGUCGGCUCAACGCGACCCUAUUACGAGGGCUUUCCGGAGACAGAGCGAGUCAUGCAAGAAGCCCAAACGUGCCUGCAGACCGUCGUCUUCAAUCCCAUAGCCGGUCAGGGUCUGCCAUCGGGUGCAGCAGCAGAGAUGAGCUACGACGAGGAUGGACUGAGAUUGGUCGACCCCAAUCAGUCUCGGCAAAGCAAUACGGACACUGCAGACUCGCGCUACCUAGCAGACUACUACAAUGAGCAGUCUGACUCCAAUCGUCUCGGAGCUGGUGUGCCUGCGACAGGUUCUCAGCGUGCGUCCGCCGAGCGCGAACGCACAUCGACAGAGCAUAGCCACAGACAGCAAUACGACUCCGCGCUGCCUUCUCCUUCCGGCCAGCCUGCUACGCUACCAGAGGAGACGGAAGAUCCUAGGAGCUCGCUGGCCUAUAUGGCCAACAAGCGCGAUUCCGCCGAUCAACGAGGGAAUGGCUACCCCAUGCCCGCCAUGCCUUCUGCCGAUCCGCCCCAGAACCGUCAGGCACAGCAAGCAGCAGGCUCACGAGGAAGUUAUACACCACCGCCACCGCCAGGGCCAGAGCGGCCCGGACAGAAGCGUGGAGAUUCAUUGCUGGGAAGCAAACACGGUUUCGAUCAGGAUCCGUACCAGCCCACCUCUGGCUCCCGACCGCCCCGAGAAGCGCAAGUUCCGCAGUCCUCAAACGGUCCAGCGGAACCUUCCGGAUACUCUUAUGGCCGUCCGGGCGAGUACCAUCCCGUUCCGCGAGGAGCCGGUCACCGACCUGCUGCGCCUGGAGGAAGAUACGCUCAGCCUCACCAACCUUAUGUGCCCGGUCAGCCCAGUCCUGCCGAUCUCUAUCGUGAUCAAUGGAGAGCGACAUCCUACCACGAUGUCAGAAGUGAAGAGGGCUCAGAUGCUGUUCCUGCUUUACGUAUCAACAAGCGCGAUACCGCCGAUGUGCCCAGAGACGAGUCUGGGGAAUUUGCACACAUUCGACAAUCGAGCAAUGAAGCGGCGAUGCGCAAACAGUCUCUUACUGGCGGCGCUCGAUUGCCUGACUCUAUUCCGCCUGCUUAUGGUCAAGCUGCACGAGACAGUCCGAUACCCUCGGAACAAGGAAUUCUCUCGGGCGGCACCGGGUUUGCUUCCAAUCGCUAUGUAACACGACUGGAUUGA